AUGUUCAAUUACGAUAUAAAGUACUGCAAGAAGGAAGACAACAUAAAUGCUGACUAUCUAUCCAGAGCUCCAUUAAAUGAAGCACCAGAUGGCGUUAUCGCUGCGCUAGAAUGGGAAAUCGCCGAAUUACAAGAAGAAACGCUACAUCAUAUCACUUCAACAGCAGUUAUAAGUGCUAUGAUCACUCAAGAAACGAGUACUGAUCCAGAAUUGUCGAGUACAUGUGUCGUCAAAAAAUUCACCAUUUCAAACGGUAUCACCUUAUGUGGCAAGCGUGUUGUCAUUCCGAAGAAACUUCAACCAGCAAUUAUGAAUGAAUUGCAUAUGACCCGCUUGGGUAUUGUCAAAAUGAAGCAGUUGGCGCGUAAUUACUGCUAUUGGUCCGGAAUUGACGCUGAUUUACAAUGUUUGGUGAAAUCCUGCGUUCAAUGUUCAGAAUACCAGAAACAACCAGCCAAGGUCAAAGUUCAUCACUGGGAAAUUCCUGAAAAUAAUUUUGAUCAAAUUCACAUCGAUUUCUCCGGUCCCAGAAAAGGCUAUCAGUUUUUGAUCGUAGUCAAACUUAUCAAUUCAACUGCUGAUGAAUAA